AUGCAAACAAACAAAAAAGCAAUCAAAAAAUCUCGUGAAACAAACAAUAGCCAAACAAAUGAUGUCACGGGAAAUAAAAUUGAUGAUGAAGAGAAGGAGGACGACUACGUUGAUGAUGAUGACGGUGAUGAAGACGAUGACGACGAGCAGACGAUCGGCGUCAACGAGGGAAUGCCUGAUAGCAUCUUUAAAUUUUUCUUUGGCCCCGGCAACAACAACAACAACAACAACAAUGACGUCACCAAGAACAAAAUUGACUUCAUCAUCAUCAACAACAACAACAACGACGACGACGAUAUAUUCAGUUAUUCGCCAGUUUUUCAGAUCGUAGACAGACAAGACAUCAAAAAAUACUUCAACCUCUUUAGCGUUGAACAACUUGACAGUCUUCUCGCCGUAAUUAAAAACGAAACCAAUGAUAACAAUCUGUCAUUAUGUUCUGAAUGCCUGCUUAUAUCUAAUGAUCGGAUCAAUUCAUUAAACAACUACAACAACUACAACAACAACAGCAGCAACAACAUCAUCAACAACAACAACACAAUCAUCAUCAACGACAUCAACAACAACGACAUAAACAACAGCAACGUCAACAACCACUACUACAGCUACCGCGAUUCUUACCUCUACCGUUUUGCAGAGAGCGGCAAACGAGUGGCAAUGGAGGCGGCGAUUUUGAGUUUGUGGCUGCCGCUAAGGCAGCUGCUGUUGCUGACGACGACGGUGGUGGUGGUGAUGAAAAAAAAGAAAUAG